CACUCGCACCCUCGAUCAUCGUCGCCACUGGCUCCUACCUGGCGAACGUGCGGACCAGCGCCUUCGUUGAAAGGACCAGGAUCUUGGGCAAGGCGCCUGACCCGGCUGCCGGUCGCGAGCCUGUGUCGCGUCUUGCUCGGUGGAGGGAGAAGCGCCAACCGCGGAUGAAUUGACUGUUGCGAGUCCAGGUGAGUCAGUCCGUCAUGCCGUCCACUAACCAUGGUAGUCGUGCAGGAUCUGGCGUGUCUUUCCGCGCCGAGGCGACGAGUGUCGUCCUCGCAUUCGAUGCAGACGGCCGACCCAUGCACGAGAAUGAGGAAGAAGACGAAAUCCCCCGACACAAACUGCGCAUGAGCUUCAAGGCAUCCUACGAACCUCCCAUCGCGUCGUUCCGACUCGACACCAACGUCUUCGGGCGCGACGACGGCGGCAAAAAGGAGAAAACGGCACUCUACUUCGAUGUUCCCCCACACCACAUCUCCUCGCUCCAACACACGCAUGACGUCGACACCGCCGAGCUCGACCAAGAUGACCUGCAGCAUUUCGCGGGCGGCGUGACGCGCGUCCGGUUCCUGCUUAAACGUCCCGGCCACCUUGUCCUGCCUGUCCGCGAUCUUUCCCUCAAACCCACCUCGCAACGGGUUCUUGCCUCCUUGAAGUUACUGGCCACCACGGCCGAGUUCGUCCUGUAUCUGCCGCACACGGCCCUGUCGAAGCACCAGUUACACCUUCUCGAGGAUUCCGUCACCUCACCGACCUCCCGCCACGACCGGCAGCAGCAGGACAAGGAACGUCAGUGGUGGCUGGGCGCCUUGUACGGGGGUGUUGGCGGAAGGGUGUACGCUGCCGCUGGCGACGACUACGAUGACGAUACCACGGCUUCCGAGUCGGGCGAGUCGACCGUGGCCACGGCGACGCCGCCGGCUUACCGGAGGGCGCCCGACAAUGAAGAUGCCGAGGCUGGUGCUGCUCCCGAACCCGACGACGCUUACGCCGCAGAUGACUUGGGCGGCGCAGUGGACAGUCCGCCUCCGUACAACCAGCUCGAGACAGAAGCUGCCCAGGCUGAAGUGAAAGGCAAACAACCCGGCAAACGACUGCGCGAUAGCCCAGAACCAGACGUCCGGCUCUACCGGAGGCGCUUGCUAAGUCCCGCCGAUGUCAAACCAUGGUCGUCAACCGAUGCGUCGUCUCUGGAGAAGCUGGAGUCCAACCCGGUGGCCAUGGUGCUGUCGAAACUGGAGCAAGUGCUUCGGCGAGCCCAGGCCGCCGAGGAGGAGAACAGGCUUCUCAAGGCCGAACUGUCCUCCAUGCGAGAACGGCAAGACCGGCUGGACGCCAAGCUGGAGGAGGUGGCGCACCAGCACGACCAGAGGAUGCAGGGCCUCGAGAGCGAGGGCGCCGACCUCGACCGCCGCAUCAAUAGCCUCGAGGAGCGUCAGGCCGAGCUGGAGGAGCGCCAGGGCAAGACGGAGGAUAAGUGCGAUACCAUCGAAGUAGAUAUAGCGGAUCACGUUCAUAGCGCGUUGCGGGACAGGCUCAUAGGUGCCUUGGAGACAAUGUGAUCAUGUGCGAGCAAUCUGUGUUACCCGUGAAGUUGAUUGUCUAUUAACUGCGGCUAACCCUGCUAACCGAUCCCACCAGUGGCCCGGAAAUGGCUUGUACAGACGAAAAGAAACAAGGUGGGGGGAAAUGUCUAUAGAAAACAAAAGUAAAACAAGAAAAAAAAAAGAACAA